CAGGUGUUUGCCGUUGCCAAAUGCUCAAACGUACGUCAGCCUCCUUGAGAUGGGGUGGAAGUGAGGUGGUUGGCUCCAGCUCGUCCAGCUGGAACUCGCGUGAUGGGUUCUCCUAGUAAAGCUCAAACACCAGGUAUCCAUGCAUCCUGUUGAUUCUGCCCUUCUUUAAUGGAGACGCUGACCCGCCAUCGAAAUAAGGGGGCGGGUUUGGUUUCCAUGGUUCUUCACUGAAAGCCUCAGCCAUUUCUCUCGUUCUAUCUCUUCUCUUUUAAAACUUCUUUUUCUUCCAAUAUACUAUCGUUGAAUUGAAUUUUAGAGGGUUCUUCCUUCGCCGUAAAAUUACUCACAAUGGCAUUGUCUUUCGUUCGUCAAGCGUCGCUCGUUGCGCUUCUCGCUUCUACAACUUUCGCUCAAACUUUUACCGAUUGCGACCCUACUAAGAAAACGUGUCCCGCCAACAAAGGUCUGUCAAAGAGCACCUAUGAGGUCGACUUCACCAAGGGCGCCGACAACGAUGCCUGGACCGUCACCGCCGGCAACAUCACCUACGGUACUGAUGGCGCCGAGUUUACCCUGAACAAGAAGGGUGAUGCCCCCACUAUCGAGACAUCGUGGUACUUUUUCUUCGGCCGCGCCGAGGUCCUCAUGAAGGCCGCCCCCGGAACCGGUAUCGUUAGCAGUGUAGUCAUCGAGUCCGAUGACUUGGACGAGGUCGACUGGGAGUGGCUCGGCGGCAAGGAUGCUGAGGUUCAGACCAACUACUUCGGCAAGGGCAACACCACUAGCUACGACCGUGGCGCGUUCCACACCAUCGCCGCGACUCAGACCGAGUACCACAACUACACCAUCGACUGGACCAAGGAGGCCGUCACCUGGUACAUCAACAGCAACCUUGUCCGCACCCUCAACUACGCCGAUGCCCUUGGCGGCAAGAACUUCCCCCAGACCCCGGCCCGCCUGAGACUCGGUAUCUGGGCCGGAGGCGACCCGGACAACAACGCCGGCACCAUCACCUGGGCCGGCGGUGAGACCGACUACACCAAGGCGCCCUUCACCAUGACCGUCCAAAAGGUCUCCAUCACCAACGCGAACCCCGGUGGCUCCUACACUUACGGCGACAUGACUGGUGACUACUCGAGCAUCAAGAUUGGCGCCGCCACCGACGACAGCACCAAUGCCGGUCAGAACGACACCACUUCAGGUAACACAACCUCCGAACCCGCCUCCGGGAGCUCCGACGCGACAGCGACGCCUUCCUCUGGUUUCCCCGUGUCCUCGGGCGCCCCGCUGAGAAACUCCACCACGACAGGAACCACGAUCCGUCCGACGGUUGCUCCCUCGGCCACCCAGUCUGGCUCGUCCGCCAGCGCUACCGCCUCCACCGGUGCCAGCGCUGCCGCUGGAAAGCUGUUGACCGGCGCGACUGUUGGCACUGGUCUGUUUGGAUUUGCUCUCGUCGCGAUGGCUGGCCUGUUUUAGAAGAGAUAUCCCCCCAUUUGUUACAGUAGUGUGUAUGUAGUUCUUCCCACCACAGUUAGAUAAUACAGGACCAGAAGAGUCCUACUUUCCAAAGUUAGCCCUAUAUCUGGCCCGCGGAACGCGAUAAAUUCAAGUGACUUCAACCCUUGCGUCGAUGAGAGAGAGGGAGAAGAGGGCUGUUUUGGCCUGGCCCCAGCAGAUACAUUGGUGGUAAAUAUAACGGCUCAACUCGCACGCAUGGAUGAACCCCGUGUGCUAUGUAGUUGAUCCAUGGAUGGUUGGUUUGCGCCCGAACGCACAAACUUACGCUGAUUUUUCGAGGAGGG